AUGAGAACUCUCUUGGUUGUCUGCGUCCUGGCCUUCGCCACGUCCUCGGUGCUGGCCCGCACCAUGGACCGUUGCUCCCUGGCUCGGGAGAUGUCCAAUCUGGGCGUUCCUCGUGAUCAGCUCAACAAGUGGACCUGCAUUGCCCAGCACGAAAGCUCCUUCCGCACUGAAGUGGUGGGUCCCCCUAACACUGAUGGCUCCAAUGAUUAUGGAAUCUUCCAAAUCAACGAUCGCUAUUGGUGCCAGCCCUCCAAUGGACACUUUUCGCACAACGGCUGCAAUGUGAACUGCAACGAUCUGCUCUCGGAUGACAUCACCAGGUCGGUGCAAUGCGCCCAGAAGGUGCAGGGAGAGCAGGGCUGGACGGCCUGGUCCGUGUGGCACUUCUGCAGCGGAAACCUUCCGCCAAUCGAUGAUUGCUUCAGAUAAAUUCUUUUUACUUGAACAGUAUCUUACUCUGCAAAAAUAUUAAUAAGUAAUUACUGUGUGUUUAUUGCCUUGUUAAAGUGUAAAUUAAAUUUUGAAAAUGUAUACUUUA